UCCCUGCUGCUCUCUCACAGUCUCUAUUUUCACUCCUGGAGGGUUGGGGAGAGUGAAAGCAACAGGAGCUCUUUCCAAUCCCAUUCUCUGAUGAGUUCUCUAGCUGAAUCCCUCUCCUUACUCUGUGACUGAACUCUUCGGACCUCUUUCCCUGCUCCGUCUCCUGAAGGCAGUUAGUGGGGGAAGCCAUCUGGCAGGACCGUGCACCUCACCAACAGCAAAGAGAAAAAUAAGCCAUUUGGAUUCUCCAGCUUGGUGGUUUUUUUUUUUUGGUACGAACAAGUUUAAAGUUUUUUUUUAAAAUGUUGCUCUGAAGGGCGUUCCAGUGGGACCAGUGAGCUCCAGGGAGAGGAGCUGCCAGGCGGCUCCGAUUACAGCUAUCUCUGUAAUUUUUAUAUGACAAUACAUUUGUAAAGCAGGACGGCUGGGAGGGUGGGGAAAGGGGAAGGAUGAGCAGAAACAGCUCCCCUUGGGACCAGCUACUUUUUCAGCCCCCUUUAUGCGAGGGCUGGAAGCAGAAUGUUGAGGGAGCAGCCUAUCACCUGGGCAAUUGCAUCCUCCUCCUAGGCUACAUGGGGGGAAGUGGGAUCUUUGGCUCCAUCUAUAUCUUCAGCCUUCUGGCCACUGGCUACAUCUGCUAUGCUCUGUGGGGCUGGCUGAAUGCCUGUGGACUAGACAUCUUCAUCUGGAAUAUGCUGCUGGUCAUGGCCUGCAUACUUCAGCUGGCUCACCUGAUAUACCGGCUCCACAAGCACACCUUCUUGGAAGAGUUUGACCUCCUCUACAAGACCCUCUGCCAGCCCUUGCAUGUGCCCUUUGAGGUCUACAAAGAGAUUGUGAAAUGCUGCGAAGAAAAGGUCCUGUCACUGGCCAGAGACCAGAACUACGCUGUGGAGGGCAAGACACCCAUCAACCGCCUGUCUCUGCUGCUCUCUGGCAGGGUCAGAGUGAGCCAGGAUGGACAGUUCCUGCACUAUGUCUUCCCCUACCAGUUCCUGGACUCCCCAGAGUGGGAGUCACUGCGACCUUCCGAGGAGGGAACGUUCCAGGUCACGUUGACAGCAGAGACGGACUGCAGUUAUAUCACCUGGCCAAGGAGGAAGCUCUACCUCCUCUUGGCAAAAGAUCGCUACAUCGCCCGCCUUUUCUCGGCCUUCCUUGGCUACGACAUCUCGGAGAAAUUGUAUGCCCUCAACGAUAAGCUCUUCGCUAAGUUCGGCCUGCGCUUUGACAUCCGCUUACCCAGCCUCCACCACGUCCUGGGACCCGCCUCCUCAGAGGCUGAGGCCGAGAAGGAGCUGUAUGAGUGGGAGGAGCUGGCCGUGCCCCAUCGUCCGAUGCCUACCUUUGUCCAGACAGCUGCCUCAGCCCCACCUCCUCCUCCUUCUGCCCACCCCAAGGUGCCCCGGCCUGACAGUGCCCUGCUGGGUGAGGACUCUACCAGUCUUGUGUUGGAAGAUUUUGCUGAGUUGUCAGGGUCUUUUAUGGACUAUGUAAGCGAAGGGGAGUAUAUGAAGUGAGGGCACUUCUAACGUGGGCACACGUCACCCUGUGUGGGAUCCCCAUCUUCUGGAAGCCUUACCCGGAGUUACCCCUGUGCCCUCUUCAAAGGACGAGCCCCUCUGGCUCCCACCCAGACCCCAGAACUCUAGGGCACAACAGUUGGUUUUGAUCAGGAAAACCCACGCAUGAGUGUAUGCUCACACACCUCUAACCAGAAAGACACUCAUUAACAUGCAUACAUGUCCACACAACACUCCUGCAAGCACAUGAAGUAUCUGCAUGAGACUGAAGUGUGAUGGCUGGACACCUUCCACACCACAUUCUGUUCACCUGCAGUGGCACAAGGGAUGUCUGGGUGUUCCUUUUUGUAUUCUGGUCUUUCACCCCCAUGGUCUGUUAACAGCUCUGUUAUCAGUUCCAUUAAAUGUGUUGGAAACACAGUGGUAUUAGCCUG